CCGUAAACAAUCUUAAAGAUAGUGUCUAAACGCAUUGUAAAACCAAUGUACAUAUACGUCUGCCCUACUUUGCUACUCGCGUGUGCCACAGCUUCUUGUGACACCUAGUGCUUAUUGCCGCCUGUCAAACACCGUCAUAAUGUUAUAGGACCGUUGCAGGCAAGCGGAUUUGUGUUUUAGGCGCGGCGACGCGCGCGAAAUAGGUUGCAAUGGACAAGGCGCUGCGGUGGCUGAGCUCGCUGCGCUAUGAGAAGCUCCCGGAGAAGGAGAAAGAUGACCGGGAGGCCUCUGGGGCAUCCUCGUCAAAGUAUGUGCCAAUGGCGACACUCGGACCGGACGAGAAGGCCCGCUGGCCCGUGGCGCUGCUCUCUGUCAAGGGGAUGACGUGCGCCGCUUGCUCCAAGGCCGUGGAAGGAGCCCUAAGCUCUGUGGCGGGCGUAAAGCGCGUGAGCGUGGCGCUGUUGCAGGAGAGCGCCGAGGUCCAUUACGACGAGGCGGCAGUGGGCCCGGAGGCGCUGGUGGGCGCAGUGGAGGACGCCGGCUUCGAGGGCGGCCUGAUCAGUGUGCGCCAGCCCAAGCCGGCGGCGCUGGAGGCGCUGCGCAUGCGUGUGAGCGGCAUGGUGUGCGCCGCCUGCAGCACGGCGGUGGAGAACGCGCUGCUGAGCUGCUCCGGCGUCAGCCGGGCGGCGGUGGCGCUGGCGAGCGGGGAGGUGGAGGUCACGUUCGAUAGCGCCGUAGUGGCAGCGGAGGCUCUGGUGGAGGCGGUGGAGGACGCGGGCUUUGAGGCCACACUGCUGAGCCAGGGAGGCCUGGAGUCCCUCACCCUGGCCGUGAGCGGCAUGAGCGUCAGCGGCGACGCCACGGCAGUGGAGGUGGCGCUGCGGCGAGUGCCGGGCGUGGCCAAGGCGGCGGUCAGCCUGCUGACGGGGCACGCGGAGGUCUGGUACGACCCCAACACAGCGGGCCCUCGCGACAUGAUCGGUGCCAUUGAGCGCUGCGACGGCGGCGCGGGCGGCGCCGAGGGCCUGACUGCAACGCUGCAGCGCAGCGAGCUGGCGGCAGCGGGCGGCGCCCAGGCGGCUGCUGCUCGGGAGCUGCGGUACUGGUGGGGCCUGUUCAGCAGCAGUCUGUUCUUCACGGUACCGGUGUUCGUGGUGGCCAUGGUGCUGCCCAUGAUACCCGGCUCCGCCGCCAUCACCUCCAUGCCCAUCUUUGGCUUUCCCUGCAACCAGCUGGUCAAGUGGGUGCUGGCCACACCCGUGCAGUUCGUGGUGGGCUGGAGGUUUCACAGGGGCGCGUUCAAGGCUCUGCGGCGCGGCACCGCCAACAUGGACGUGCUGGUGAGCCUGGGCACCAACGCCUCCUACAUCUACUCCGUCAUCAGCAUCAUGUUCCACCACAUGAACAGGCACAAGCUGUCCAGCGAGUACGUUCCCACGGACUUCUUCGAGACGUCGGCCAUGCUCAUCACCUUCAUCCUGUUGGGCAAGUACCUGGAGGCGGCAGCCAAGGGCCGCACCUCCGCCGCGCUGGCCGCCCUAGCCGCCCUAGCGCCCGACAGCGCCACCCUGGUGACCCUGGACCCGGAGACUGGCGGUGUGGUGGACAGUUGCGAGGUCGCGUCGGCGCUCAUUCACAGAGGCGACGUACUGAGGGUGCUGCCGGGAGCCAAGGUUCCCACCGAUGGCGUCAUUGUGGACGGGCAGUCCUAUGUAAACGAGGCCAUGGUAACGGGCGAGUCCGUGCCCAAGUGGAAGCGGCCAGGCGACGUGGUGAUUGGCGGCACCAUCAACACAUCCAACCCGCUGCUGGUCCGCGCCACGCGUGUGGGCAGCGAGACGGUGCUGAGCCAGAUUGUGCGGCUGGUGGAGCACGCCCAGAUGAGCAAGGCGCCCGUGCAGGCGUUUGCUGACCGCGUGGCUUCCAUCUUCGUGCCGGUGGUCAUCGUCAUCUCGCUGCUGACGUUGCUGUGCUGGUUCAUCGCCGGCAACGCCAACGCCUUCCCAGCCGACUGGUUGCCCGAGGGCCACUCGCCCUUCCUGUUCGCGCUGCUGUUCGCCAUCGCGGUGCUGGUCAUCGCCUGCCCCUGCGCGCUGGGGCUGGCCACGCCCACGGCGGUGAUGGUGGGCACGGGCGUGGCGGCGCAGAUGGGCAUCCUGAUCAAGGGCGCGGACGCACUGGAGGCCGCCAGCAAGGUAGAUGUGGUGGUGUUUGACAAGACCGGCACGCUCACACGCGGCCGCCCCACCGUCACCGACUGGCGGCUCAUGGACCCGCUGCCGCUCAGCAGCUCGGCGGGAGGCGGCGCGCCUGCAACUGCCCCCGCCGCCCUGUCCGCGUCGGCAGGUGGCGGCGCGGGGGCCGGUGUUGACCUGGCUACGCUGUGCCGGUGUGUGGGCGCGGCGGAGAGCUCCUCGGAGCACCCCCUGGCCCGAGCCAUCCUGGACUUCUGCACGCUGCAGCUGGUGAUGCUGCAACACGGCGCGACCACCGCCGACACCGCCGCCGCCUCGCAACAGCAGCGCCGCUCCUCCCUUGGCACCGGUGGCAAGGACCCGAAGGAAGGCAGCCGCGGCGGCGCCGCCUACCUGACCAACGGCAACGGCGCGAACGGUCUCAACGGUAACGGCUCCAAUGGCUCCAACCAUGCCGAACUGGAGGCAUUGCUGCCCAAGGCGAGCGAUGUGGUGAUGGCCCCGGGAGUGGGCAUCACCUGCACCGUCAGGGGCGACCAGCUUGCAUCGUUGGCGGCAGCCGCCGCCGCCGCCGCCGCCUCGGCCACCUCGUCAUCGGGCGGCGCCGGUGCGCGCUCACCGCGCGCCUCUGCAGCUGCCGCCGCCUCCGCUGGAGGCGCUGGCGCCAAGUCCGGAGGAGGUGGAGCCGGACAAGGCCCGGUGCGUGUGGCGGUUGGCAACCGGCUGCUGAUGCAGCAGGAGGGCGUGGCGGUGCCGGAGGAGGCCGAGGCUUACGUGGCCCCCAUGGAGAGCAGCGGCCACACGUGUGUGCACGUGGCGCUCAACGGCCGGCUGGUGGGCAUACUGGCCGUUGCCGACCCGCUCAAGCCCGAGGCGCCGGGCGUGGUGGCGGCGCUGCGGUCGCGCAAAGUGGAGGUGGUGAUGCUCACGGGCGACAACUGGCGCACUGCUCGUGCGCUGGCGGCUCAGCUGGGUAUUGAGACCGUGUUUGCAGAGACGCUGCCCAAGACCAAGGCACAAAAGGUCCGGGAGCUGCAGGGCGCGGGCAAGACGGUGGCCAUGGUGGGCGACGGCGUAAACGACAGCCCGGCCCUGGCGGCAGCGGACGUGGGGGUGGCCAUCGGCAGCGGCACCGACAUUGCCAUCGAGGCCGCCGACUACGUGCUGAUGCGGGAUGACCUGGAGGACGUGCUGGUGGCGAUCGACGUGAGCCAGCGCACCUUCAACCGCAUCCGCCUCAACUACCUGUGGGCCAUGGGCUACAACACACUCAUGAUCCCAGUGGCUGCCGGCGUGUUCUACCCGGCCGUGCACAUGCAGCUGCCGCCCUGGCUGGCGGGCCUGUGCAUGGCCUUUUCCUCCGUCAGCGUGGUGGCGAGCAGCCUGCUGCUGCGGAGGUACCGCCGCCCGCCGCGCGUGAUGCGGCGCGUGGUGACGCGCGGGGCGGAGGGUGGCGAGGGGGGCGAGCAGGAGGAGGAGGACAGCGGGCACGGGUAUGGGCACGAUGCGGGGCAGCGCUCCACGUUGCUGCCGAAGGCGGGCGGGAGCGGCGGCGGCGGCUUGCUGCGGUCCGCGUGAGCGGUGGAGGGCGCCGGCGGUGAUGCUGGUGGUGGCCUGGCGGGUGGUCGUUUCCAGUUCCUAUGGAAGUACCGGUGAGGCUUAUAUGUGUGUUAGUAACGACGUGUUGCAGCUGGUUGCGCCCAGGGCAGGGGUUGCUGUUCGUGGACUUGCGCAUCCGGGUUGUACGAACCGCAAUCCAUGUUUUUUUUUUGCGAGUAGGGUAGCGAGUCAGGUCACCAGCGAAUGCAAUACCGCUAGUCGAUUACCCUAGCAAAGCAAGGUCAAGUGAGGAAACGGGUGCUAGUUGGGGCGCGCCGUGUGCCGUAGGGAGGCCAGUAUGUACCGGCCUUACGUGUUGCCUGGAAAGGUAGAGGCUGGUGAGGAAUGGUGUUGACUGGGCGCAAAGGCAAGGUUUGGUGGUGGUGUUCUUGGCGUGCCUACCAGCGUGGAGUAGGCUGGCCGGUCGGAAGGGUCUAGAGCAAAGCAUGUGAAUAUGUGAUCCUGGAUGCGGGCGAGAUGUGACAUACUGUGGGACACUGGGGCGAAGGGUCAUUAUUAACAACCUAAAGAAUGUUGCAGAGGCUGGUGCUCCAUACCGGAGGCGGGAAUGGCAGUCGAUGUCGACAUGGCGGACAGCAGAGGAGGCACAGCCCUGACGAAUCCAUGAAUGGACGUGCCUACCAUGGCUCUAUCACAAAUAAUUUGCUGUAAAGCACCAUGUUC